AUGUCUAUCUCUGAUGAUGCUAUCUUGGAAUUCAUGUUCAACCCUGAAAGUCAAGGACAACCACUGGAUGCCAUCUCCAGCACUGUAGACUCAAAGCCAAAAUAUACCAUUUCUCCCGAAUUACAGAGCAAACUGGAGGCCAUGGAGAAGGAGGCUGUUAUGUUGGUUGAAGAAAAGCAAGACACAGCAAAGGCAUUAGAAAUUCUUGGUCAAUGUAUACAAUUAGAAGACAAAUAUGCAUCAGCAUACAAUAACAGAGCUCAAGUGUAUCGCAUGAACAACGAGCUGGACAAGGCAUUGCAAGAUUUAGAUUGCGUUAUUUCUGAUAUUGGAGAGGGUCAGCCCAAGAUCUUAAGACAGGCCUACACACAAAGAGCCAUUAUCAAACGGCAACAAGGUGAUUUAAUAGGCUCAAGAAAGGACUUUGAAGUGGGAGCCAAGCUUGGAAACCCCAUUGCACGCAAUGUUGCAGUGGCAGAGAACCCCUAUGCUAAGAUGUGCAAUCAAGUCAUGAUGGAAGUGAUGAACAGGGAAAGAACGAGAGGAUUUGAUAUAGUAGAUGCCUCCCAACAAGAUAAGAAAUAA